GAAGAGGAGAGAGAAAAUUAGAAAGACAAACCCACGAAAAAAAAAAAAAAGAAGAGGCCUUUUUCUCUCUUCUCUGUUGCUCCUGAAGCAUCUCCAGCUUUGCAGAAGAGAGUCCGUACAUCUCAAAAACAAUUAGGGUUUUAAGAAAGAGAGGGGGAUUAGGGGUAUCAAUUCGGUGUCGUUUUGAUGUUUUCAAUUGGGAAUUGGGGCUGAAACUAGAGUUGGAGAGUUAGGGAUUCCAAUUCGGUGUCGUUUUUGUUGAAAUUUUGUUGAGAAUUUGGAGGGGAGAGGUUUGUGAGGUUUGUUUUGUAUGAGAUAAGAAACCGUUUGGCUAUUUUGAUGGACGAGAUCUGGGAGCGAGCCAUUGAGACAGCUCUAGACGGCGAGACGGACCUAGCCUCGGCUCGAGUCCUGACUCUAGAUGGAGCAGUGAAGUGCGUCCAGGGCCGGCUACCCCCACCGGGUCUUCUAGAGAAGUUCCAAAACCUUCAGCAUCUCUCGAUUGCAAACGUCGGCGUUUCGUCGCUGGAGCAGUUCCCGAGGCUGCGGAACCUCCAGUCGCUGAUACUCUCGGAUAAUCGAAUCGCUGGCGGGCUUGAGUUUCUGGUGGAAGCUGGGCUGGACUCGCUGCGGGAUUUGGAUUUGUCGAAUAAUCGGAUUCAGUAUAUUGAAGAUCUAGCGCCGCUGGCGCAGCUGAAGCUGACGUCGCUUGAUCUGUAUGAGUGUCCGGUGACGAGGAUCAAGGAUUACCGAUCUAGGGUUUUCGGAUUGAUCAAGUCGUUGAAGUAUUUGGAUAAGAUGGAUGCGGAGGAGAACGAGCCGCCGGAGAGCGAGGAUGAGGAGGAGGAGGAUGAAGAAGAUGAGGAUGACCCCGGGAGUGGGGAAAUCGACGGCGAAGAUCGGCCGUCAAGGAUGAGUAAUGGCCACAGUGAGGCGGCUGAGGGGGUCGUGGAUGUGGAUGAGGAUGAUGAGAGUGAUGCAGAUGAGGAGGAGACUUUGACUGCCACUAGGGUGAAUGGACAUAAUCACCCCACGGAGAAUGGGUUCCGGGUUGCUCCUGUGGCCGGGGAGAAUGGAGAAGAGGAUGAGGAGGAUGACGAUGAAAACUACUCGGCGGAGGAGAUAGAUGAGGAGGAUAGUGAGGAUGAUGAGGUGGUGGAGGUGCAUGAGAUUGAGAGUAGUGAUGAUGAUGAAGAUGGGGUUGAGGAUGAUGACGAGGAUGAUGACGAGGACGAUGAUGAUGAAGAUGAUGAGGAGGAGGAAGUGGACAAUGAUGAGGGGGGUUUGGUGGUGCCGGAGGGUACAGGGAGGUUAACAAGCACAGAAGGGGAGAUUGAUGGCCAUGAGCAGGGAGAGGAUGACGGGGAUGAAGAUGAUAAUGGAGAGACUGGGGAGGAGGAGCUGGGUGUUGAAGAAGAGGGGCCAUAUGAAGUUGAGGAUGAAGAUGGUGAGGAAGAGGAGGAAGACUUUGGCGGAGGUUACUUAAUGCAACCAGUGGCACAGGCUGAGGAAGAAGAUGCUGGCGUCAGUGACAUGGACGCAGAAAAUGAAGACGGUGAGGGUGAAGAGGACGAGGAGGAAGUUGAAGAGGAUGACGACAAUGAUGUUCAGGUUCUGCCUCCCUCCUCCUCUUCACAGAUGAAGAGAAAAAGAGAUGAAGCUGCAGAUUCAGAUGACAAUGGUGAGGAUGACGAGGAAGAUGAUGAUGUGGUUGAGUACAGCAAGUCUUCGAAGAAGCACCGUUGACGCUCAGUGGAUGCCUCGGCUGAAUGUUUAUGUGUUCUUGAUGCCUUUUGUUCUUGGCUUGGAAACAGAGAAGAAACUCAGAUUUAGAUUAGAUUGGUUGGUGGGUUAGAGAGAGAGAGAGAACGGUUAGUUAUUUUCAUGGAUCUUCCUGGACAAACAUAAUAUAUGAUGAUUAUGAUGGUGUGUUAAGGAAAGAGUCGUUGCGUCCUUGGAUGCAAUGGAGCUUUUGAAUUUUCAAAAAGUCGUUGGUGUUUUGACCCCUCCUUACAUAUAUGUAGCCGUUACUGUAUGGUGAUUUCAAAUGGCAGUUAUUGGCGGUUCUGGUUCGGAAGGAGUCAGUUUCAAUAGGGAGGGGGAGUAAUAUGGAGGGAAAAUUGAGGGACUCAAAAUUCUUGUUGUUUUUGGUUAUGUUUGUCCAACCAGGUCUUUUUUUUUUGUUGGAGAAAAAAGGGCUUAUGUACACU